UUUAGUUAGCAGGUCUGUUACGUGUGGCGCGGCCGGGAAGCGAAAAAGGAUUAAAAAAUGGAUAUCAGAGCAAACAGAAGGAUUUUAUUUUUUACUGUAUUUAUUAACUAUGUAUUUAUUAGCCACCAGGCAAAAGAAGAGGUGCUGCUGGACAUGGAGGCCGCCAGAGGAGAGCUGGGCUGGCUAGCGAGUCCAUACGAGAAGGGGUGGGACCUCCUUCAGAACGUGAUCAACGGCUCAAUGAUGUACAUCUACUCCGUCUGCAACGUCCAAGAAGGGGACCAAGACAACUGGCUGCGCACCAACUUCAUCCAGCGCAAGGACGCCUCUCGCAUCUUCAUCGAGAUGCGCUUCAUCGUACGAGACUGCAACUCUUUCCCGGGUGGCUCGGUGUCCUGCAAGGAGACCUUCAACCUCUACUACAUGGAAUCGGAUGUGGAUUAUGGGACGCACUUUCAAAAGCGCCACUUCCGCAAAGUCGCCACCAUAGCCCCCGAUGCCAUCACCACCAAGGGUGAAGAACAUCCCAACACGGAGAUGCGCAUGGUGUGGCCGCUGACCAAAAAGGGCUUCUACUUGGCCUUCCAGGACAUCGGGGGCUGCAUUGCGCUGCUCUCCGUGCGUGUCUACUACAAGAUGUGUCCCGGCACCAUCCGCAACUUGGCCGUCUUUCCAGAGACCGUCGCUGGAAUGGAUUCGCAGUCACUGACGGAGGUCCGCGGCACCUGCGUGGAGAACGCUGUGAGCAGCGACACUCCCAAGAUGCACUGCAACACCGAUGGGGAUUGGCUGGUGCCUAUUGGCCAGUGCCAGUGCAAGCCGGGCUUUGAGAUGGGGAACAGCAGCUGCCAAGCUUGUAAUGGCGGCUUCUUCAAGCCCGAUGUGUCAAACGGCCGCUGCAUGAAGUGUCCCAAGAACACACAGCCGUCCCCUAAAGGCUCCUCGUCUUGCCUCUGUGAGGACAGUUACUAUCGAGCGCCUGACGACCCUCUCACUGAGGACUGUACGGCACCUCCUUCGGCCCCUCGUGACAUUCUCACUUUGGUGUCCGGCACCCGACUGCAGCUGUCAUGGCAGCCCCCUUUGAACACGGGCGGUCGCCGCGACCUCAGGUACAGCGUGACCUGCGAGCGCUGCACGACGAGGGGGGAAGCCUGUCAGCCGUGCGAAACCAACGUGCGAUUCGAGCCGCAGGCCAAGGACCUCAAGGAUUGCACCGUCACGGUUUGGGACCUGGAAGCCCACGUCAACUACACCUUCCGGAUCGAGGCCCAAAAUGGGGUGUCCCAUCUCAGUACGCAGCGGGCAGUGACCUCCGUCACAGUGAGCAUCAACCAGACAGAACCUCCAAGGGUGACCUCCAUGACUCUAGAAGAGAGUAGCAAGACCAGCCUGACUGUAUCCUGGCCGGUGUCCAAUCGCCACCUUGCCCGUGGCGGCCAUUAUGAAGUCAUGUACCGCAAGAAGGUGGAUGAGAAGAGCUACACGGUGCUGAGGUGUGACCAGAAUUCUGUCACCAUUACCAACCUGAGUCCGUCCACCAAGUAUGUGUUCCGUGUGCAGGCCGUAAGCGCGGAGGGGCCUGGCACCUACAGCUCAGAGCACGAGUUCAGCACCCUGGCAGACGCCGACAAGCAAACUCAGAACGACUCGACUAUCGUUGCUGGCGCUGUCGUCGGUGGCCUUGCCAUGUUGCUGCUUGUGGGAAUCUUUCUGUUCCUCAGGAGGAGAAAGAGAAGCCCCCACGGUCGUCAAGGAGUCGAGGACACUUAUUUCAACCCUGAGCAACUGAAGCCCCUGAAGUUCUAUGUGGACCCCCACACUUAUGAAGACCCCAACCAGGCUAUCUUGAAGUUUACCAGAGAGAUCCAUCCGAGCAACGUCACCAAGCAGAAGGUCAUCGGAGCUGGUGAAUUUGGGGAGGUCUACAAGGGCAUCUUGAAACUCUCUGGAAAGAAGGAGACGCCGGUGGCCAUCAAGACACUCAAGCCGGGCUACACGGAGAAGCAGCGCAAAGACUUUCUGAGCGAGGCCAGCAUCAUGGGCCAGUUUUCUCAUCAGAACAUCAUCCGUCUGGAGGGCGUCGUCACCAAAAAUAAACAUGCCAUGAUUAUAACCGAGUACAUGGAGAAUGGCGCACUGGACAAGUAUCUGCGGGGCCGUGAUGGAGAGAUUCUGGCCUAUCAGCUAGUGGGCAUGCUGCACGGCAUCGCAUCGGGCAUGAAGUAUCUGUCUGACAUGAACUACGUCCAUCGGGACCUGGCGGCCCGUAACAUUCUGGUCAACAGCAAGCUCGAGUGCAAGGUCUCCGACUUCGGGCUGUCACGGGUGCUGGAGGACGACCCCGAGGGCACCUACACCACCACUGGAGGCAAGAUUCCGAUCCGCUGGACAGCUCCAGAAGCCAUAGCCUACAGGAAGUUCACCUCGGCAAGCGACGUCUGGAGCUUCGGCAUAGUCAUGUGGGAAGUGAUGGGUUAUGGAGAGAGGCCCUACUGGGACAUGUCUAACCAUGAGGUGAUGAAGGCGAUAAACGAGGCCUUCCGGCUACCCGCUCCUAUGGACUGCCCGUCAGCCGUGUAUCAACUUAUGGUGCAGUGCUGGAGGCAAGAUCGCAGCAAGCGGCCCCGCUUCCCCGACAUUGUCAGCAUCCUGGAAAAACUCAUGAUGAAUCCUGAUUCACUGAAAGCUAUUGCUGACUUUGACCCACGUGUGUCCAUCCGUCUUCCCAGCACAAGCGGAUCUGAUGGAACUCCCUUCAAGUCAGUGCCGGAGUGGCUGGAGUCGAUCAAGAUGAGCCAGUACUGUGAGAACUUCUUGUCAGCCGGAAUCACGUCUAUGGACCAGGUGGUGCAGAUGAAGGCAGAGGAUGUUCGGAAUGUGGGCGUCCGACUGCCUGGCCACUUGAAAAGGAUCAUCUACAGCAUUGUGAGUCUCAAGGACCAGACGAGCACUAUGAGUGUCUUUGCAGUGUAGCUGCCAGUGUACGCCCAAUUCCAGUGCUCGGAAAACAGACAGGAGGUUCAGGUCCAGUUGCUUCAUACCUCAGGGUGGCUGACCAGAGACAGAAACUGGCUGUUUCCGAUCAGAGAGGACUGAGUCAGCCCAACUCCUACAAUGGCACUGCCUAUAAACUUGAAACAGAAUAUUUCUAUUUAUCUAUAAAAAUGAGAGACAUGCAGAAGAGCUCUAUUUUUUUUUGAAGUUGUAGUCCUGCUCUACACCCGCAUCUGAUCUUCGAGUGGAGGCCGCUUCGUUGUUGAUACAAAUCCUCUUUUUUUUCCCAGACUUAAGACUCCAACAUUCCUGAUUGGGAACUUGGAACAAGCAUGCCCACGACGCACGGGGGUCUUCUCAAACUGGGGUAUGGAAAAGCCGACACCUGUGCCACCCCGUGUCUCAUUCCGACACUUUAUUUUUUUUUAUGCAGGACUGAUGCUUUAAUUGGUGGGUGGCCUUUUCCACCCCACCCCCUUUUUUUUGGAUAUAAAGUGCCUCCAUUUUUCUGCAAAUGGGUUUCCACUUGGUGCCUUUAUGCCCUCAAGACUAAUAAAUGGCUGCUGGGCAUCGCUAACACAACUCAUUUCGUAGGAGAUGAAUCAUCCCUAAUGCUCAGCUGGUCAAUUCUAAGAAUCUGUGUUAUUUUUUAAAUAUAUGAACAAAUGUAAAUAAUUUAUUUAGUAAAUAAUUUAUGUAGAAUUUGAUGAUGUAUGUGUUAUAUUUUUACCUGGGUGCAGAGAAAAGUAUUUUAUACCACUUCAGUCAAUUAAUAUAGAACCAUUCCUAAUGAACACUAAUCACUGAGGCCUCAAAUUACAGUCAGUAUAAAGUCAGUAGAAGGGGGAAAAAGAGGAUAUGUGAAGAAAGGAAGGAAGGAAGGAAGGAAGUGGAAAGAAAAAUCAUUAAUUGAAAGAGGUAGUAUGAUGAGAGAAUUCGGUAUGAUUAGUAGAGGAGCAUCAAUUGAAAACACACUUAUGGGGUCUGCAUAUUCUCUCUGUGUCCAUGAGGCUUCUUCUCAUGCUACUUUGCUUUUCCUCCAACAUACAAAAACAAGCCUGAAAAGUGUGCUGCCAAGUCUGCACCCCAGGAGAACGUGGAGUGGUCAGACUGUUCACCCUGCCAUCCAUUUUCUAGUCGCAGGGGUAGCAGUCUAAGCAAAGAUGCCCAGACGUCCCUUCUCCCCGUCAUCUCCUUCACCUCCCCCAUUAGGAGGAUACCGAGGCAUUCCCAGGCCAGCGUGUUCUGGAUGUGCCCCCCAGGUCUUCUCCCGGGUUGCACACACCUGAAACACCUCAACAGGGUGGCAUCCUUAUCAGAUGCCUGAAACACCCUCCACUGUCUCCUUUCGAUGUGGAGAAGCAGCGGCUCUACUUUGAGCUCCCCCCGAAUGUCUUCGCUCCUCAUCCAAUCUCUAAGGCUGAGACUAGACAACCCAAGAAAGAAGUUCAUUUCCAUCGCUUCUAUCUGUGAUCAGGUUCCCAAAACUUGUGGCGAUAGGCGAGGGUGAGAACGUUAAGUCGAAUGGUAAAUUGAGAGCUUUGCCUGUUGGCUGAGCUAAGGGAUAAGAGAUGGACAGACUGAAUACCCUCAUUUAGUAGACCAUUAUUUAAGUCAGUAAUAGGUCCUGACUUCCCAUGAGCUAGUAACAAAUGAAUGGACUGAUUGAUAAUUUAAGAUUUCCGUGUGCCAGUAACUGUACCCAGAGAUCGACUGGCAUCCCAGUUCCUGUCUUGCCUCUGAUGCUGCCAGGACAGGCUCUGUCUCCUCGCAAUUCAGAAAAUAAAAAGCGGGAUUGGAAAUAAACAAAAAUAGUAAUAAGAAUUAAGAAUGACAAUACAAAACAUAUAAUAAAACCUCAAAAUGAUGAGCUCUAAAUACACUAAUAAAAUAAUCGUUCCAAUAUGGUGGUUUCAGAGCACUUUUUGAUGGUCUGGGCUGCCCAGUAUCUUACCUGAAAGAGUGGAUUGUCAGUAAAUACACUGAUUUUUUUUUUCUUUUUGAACACCUGCAGCAUUCAGCUCUUCUGUAAUGUAUUAUGACUUCACACCCACAGAGCUGCAUGUCUCAUCAAGCUGUGUUUCUAUAAAACUGUCAGCUUUGUCAGUAACACCUUGUUCUAGUUUCAGUUUAGGAGCCUGUCUUGCCAACACUGGAGACUAGGCUGGAACCACCUCUAGACGAGAUGCCCACUCAUAGACAGUUUAGUCACCAACAGUCAAAUCAUUGGGAAAUGGGGAUAAAAAGCGAAAUACCUGAUGAGAAGCUAAGGAAGAACAUGCAAACUCCACACAUACUGUGAAUAAAUAAGUCGGGACUUGAAGUCACGUCUCCAGAGGUGAAAAGCACCACCACUAAAAAUUAUGUGACCAUUCAAAAAAAAAAAUAUAUUGUUUAAAUGUUACUUACCUUAAGUGUUUCGUAGUGAUGGCUGAGAAAAAAAAUUAAUCUCACGUUUUUAAUGGAACGCGGAUAACUUUUGUGAUUGAACGGGACAUUUACGUAGACCAAAGCUGUUAAACAGCAAGAAAUAUAUUAACGUCCAUGAUAGUAAAUAUUUAUUAGAGUUGCAUAAUCCACACAUCAGAUAUCCGUUUUUAUGUUCACAACGCAUGCAGUGUUUGCUAAAAUAUUUUAAAAUAAGCGCCAGACAUAAACAGGAAGCGCACUGGCACUAAAGCGAGGCUUUGAAUGAACUUCUGACCAAUGAAUGAGCGCGAGAGGCGGGGCUUCAAUUUCGAAGCGCGUUCCCGCGUUCCCUGUCUGUGAGAUUAAAAGUUUGUUUUUUUCUUAUCCAUACAAGUCGCGUGAGGUAAGUAACAUAUACAAAUAUCAUUUUAGGGUGUAGUAUUCCUUCGAAAUAAACGUACACUGUAAGAUUCAAGAAAUAGGUUUUACAAGAAUCCAGUAGAUAAUAAAGUUAGCCUUCAAAUUAAAUACGUUUAAACAAUCUUGAUGCAUUAUUAACUUGGUGUGUUGAUUAGCAUUCAGGGCCGUGUUUCCGAAUAUAAGCCGUUCGACUAAUAAGAGCUCACCACUCGUCAUUAGUUCAGUUGUAAUAACUGUUUGGAACUAAAGCGAUCAAGAGAAAACAGCUAUUAAAAUAUUCAAAGCAUCAAGAAAUACCCGCAAUUAUAUUGACAGCGUCUGGACUAAUAUUUAAUGACCACGUAUUUCAAUUCUCCAGCCGUAGUUUAAAAUUGUGAACUGGAGCCCUCGUUUGAACAGCGAGGUACAAAAAAAAAAAAAA